GUGGGGCGGGGAGUGCUGAAUGGAUGGAUAAAGCUCAGCCAAGGCUUGGCCAUCCCCUCGCCCCGACACCAGAAGUGGAUCAGAGCUGCGAGUGGGCCUCUCCUCUCUCCCACCACGUUGUCUUGGGGAGGAGAAAGCAGGCAACUCACUUCCCCCCGAAAAUCUCGCAUAUGCAUUGCAGACACACUCCGUUCCCCUCCCCCAGUUUCCUAGUGGGUGGGAGCCAGGAUCCUCCCUCCAUUCCCCCUCUUGCUCCCCCCCCGGAGUGUGUGGAGGGGGCAAGGAAGAGUUGAGGAAGGCUCGCGGCUUAAAACCAGUCCAGGGGGGGGAGAGUGUGUGUGCGUGUCUUUUUGCGGGUGGGUGGAGAACUAUUGUUGUCUGCCUUGGCAGAAAUAACUAGGUAGUCUCUCGUCUCUCUCCCCCCCCCCCCGUUUUUCUUGGCUCGGGGAGCUGCUUCAGGCGAGCAAGGAAAUGUCCCAACCCCGCCUUGCCUCCGUCUCAGAGCGGGGCAGCUGUGGGGGGAGGAUAGUGGGGUAAAUCUGGGCCCUCGCCGAUUCUUUCCGGAACUCCACAAGGGAAAGUUAUUGGGGAGUUGUAGAUUUGGGGGCGGGGGUGAAGAAAAAAAGGGAGGGAGGCAAAGGCAGUUGACGAGACGAGGACUUUGAGCAGCAAAACCUUCGUCGUCGAAUUGUUGAUAUGGCAACGCAAGUGAUGGGGCAGUCUGGUGGCAGUAGCCUGUUCCCUGGCAAUACUAAUCUUGGCAUGGCGUUGUCAAAUGACAUGUAUGACUUUCCUGAACUUUCUAAAGCUGAGCUGGCAGCUCCUCAGCUUAUUAUGUUGGCAAAUGUAGCCUUGACAGGAGAAGUUAAUGGCAACUGUUGUGAUUAUUUGGUUGGUGAAGAGAGGCAAAUGGCUGAACUGACAACUGUAGGCAACACUAACUUUUCAGACAGUGAUGGAGAAGGCAUUGAUGAUGUACAGGGUGUGGAAAGUGACCAUGAAGACCUGGAAGGCAUGGAACUGGGAGCCCUUAGAGCUCCUGAGGCUUCUAAUGUGGAAACUGCAGGACUGACAGAGUCUUCUGUCCCUCAUCUUUGUCGCCCAGAAAAGGGCUCCCUGUUGGAAGUGCCAGAUGCUCCAGAGAGUGCAGAUGACAAAUGUAAGAGCUUGAAGAACAAACCAUUUCGUUGUAAGCCGUGUCAGUAUGAGGCAGAGUCGGAGGAGGAGUUUGUCCAUCACAUUCGGGUACACAGUGCCAAGAGAUUCAUUGUAGAAGAAAAAGCUGAGAAGCAUGGCCAAGCUAAAGACUCUGGCACCACAGAUGAAGUGGACUUUUCCAAGGGACCCAUUAGAUGUGAUCGCUGUGGCUAUAACACUAACAGGUAUGAUCACUAUCUAGCUCAUUUGAAGCACCACAAUAAAGCAGGAGAAAAUGAGAGGGUCUACAAAUGCACCAUCUGCACAUACACAACAGUCAGUGAAUAUCAUUGGAAGAAGCACCUAAGAAAUCAUUUUCCACGGAAAGUGUACACAUGCUCGCAGUGCUCCUACUUUUCAGAUCGGAAGAACAACUACGUGCAACAUAUUCGAACUCAUACAGGGGAACGUCCCUAUCGGUGUUCCAUGUGUCCAUAUUCAAGCUCUCAGAAGACUCAUUUAACCAGGCAUAUGCGCACUCAUUCAGGUGAGAAGCCAUUUAAAUGUGAACAGUGCAGCUAUGUGGCAUCGAACCAGCACGAAGUGACUCGGCAUGCAAGGCAGGUUCAUGAUGGGCCCAAACCACUGGCCUGCCCCCACUGCGACUACAAAACAGCUGACCGAAGCAACUUCAAGAAGCAUGUUGAGCUCCAUGUCAGCCCUCGGCAGUUCCUCUGCCCUGUGUGCGACUAUGCUGCAUCCAAGAAAUGUAACUUGCAGUAUCACAUCAAAUCCAGGCAUCCCGACUGUUGUGACAUCACGAUGGAUGUCUCAAAAGUAAGACUACGGACUAAAAAGAGUGAAGUGAACACUUCUGAAAGCAUUAGUGGUGAUAAUAAAGUGGAACGAGAACCAAUAAAGAAAGAGUCGAUUGAAAAGAAAAAUGAGAGACCCGUAAAGGAAGAGAAGAAAGAGAACCUGUUAAAAGAGAAGAAACCAGCCAGCAGUGCUGGUGUAGGUCAGGUGACAACCCGAAGUCGCAAAACAGUUGCUGAAAGCAAGGAGACAAAUGUGAAAAUGACAGAGAAAUCUGGUAAAACAAAGAAGGCAAAAAGAAAAGCAGAGGCCAGCUCUGUUCCUUUGAAGAAAGAGCUUGCAACAGAUAUUGAUGUAAUAGUGAAAAAGAAAAGGAAAAUUGAGAAAAAGCCCUCCAAAUGUCUGGACUCUCAGAAGGGUGAAAGCAAUUUGGAGGUUGCGAAAAAGCAAAGUCUUAAGAAAAACAAGAAAAAGAAGUCUCAAAAGAGUAAGCUUAGUAAGAACAACAAAAAGCCUGAUCAUGAGAAGAUCUCAGAUGACAAACCUCUCACUGAAGAAUCCUCUCUUAUGCAAGAGGAAGAAAGUAAGACAUCUGGUAGUCCUUGCAGUGAACAGCAGCUUGUUGCUCCAAAUGAUGGGGAGAGCUGGGUUCUGCCUAGAGAGAACAUGCAAGAUCAGGAGCCAUUGCUUGCAAAGCAUAUGGCCAAAGACAUGGAGCUACAGAUGGAAGACCAAGAGGUGCCCAUGGCAGAAGAUGAGACUGCAAAAGCUGAUUCUCAGAAUGAAGUUGAAAUAGAACUAGUAAUCAUUCCUGAGACCAGUUCAGAGGACUCUAAUGUCACCUCUGAAAAAGAGACAGAUGUGCUAAUUAACACUUUACCAGAUUUGGCCCAAGAGAUUCAGACCAAACAUACUUGUGAGGUGGAAAUGGUGACAAAUCCAGAUAUGACAGAAGAGAUUGAGCCAAUGGAAAUAUGUGAGACAGAUACUGUGACAACUCAACUUCCAGAAGAAAGGAGUUCUACAAAAGAAUUGCAGGCUGAAGACCCAACAGAAGCUCCGUCACCAGAGUUGCCAGAGAAACUUGAGCAAAGCACUAAAGCAAGCCUUGUUUCAACAUCAUCCAGUGGCACAGUGGUGAAUGAAAAUCAGGAAAUGGAAGAGGACGAGGGCAUCCACAGUCAUGAUGGCAGCGAUAUAAGUGACAACAUAUCGGAAGGCAGUGAUGAUUCUGGGUUAAAUGGUGCUCGCUCAGUGCAAGAGGAAACAAAUCAGAAACCAUCCCAAGAAGUGGCAGUAGCCAAGGCCACAAAGGAGAACUAUGUGUGUAUAUUCUGUGAUCGUUCCUUUAAAAAAGAAGGUGAAUAUAGUAAGCACCUGAACCGCCAUCUGGUAAAUGUAUACUAUCUUGAGAAGGCAACAAAGGGGCAAGAUUAACCAAACUGCUGUUUAACGACAGUUUACUCUUUCGCUAUAAGGUCUUCUAGAGCUUAGGUACAGUUCUUGUAGAAUCUUUGCUUAAGCUCAGUUUGCUUAUACUUUCGUUGGUGGUUUUUUCCCUGACCUUUGAUGAAAUGUUGAACUAAUUAACUAUUUGUAUCUCUUUGAUUAGAGAGGGCAAGUAGGAUAUAUAAUGCUGUGGCUUGUUAAGUUAGCAUUAAGUCCCUGGGAUACAGCCCUGGAAUCACUUGUGUAUUUCUGUUGACUUCUAGCAGAAGUGUUCACAAGUAGGUAGGUAGAGACAUUGGUAGCCUUAGGGCACAAUCCACUUGGAUGUCUCCUGUAUAAGCUCUGUAGAAAUAAAAGGAAGUAUGCCAAAGCAGUGCCAUGCUCUUGCAUAGUCUGUUUCCAGAGGGUUUAUGCAAGGGAUGUUCCCAGGGGACUGAGUCUACAAUCUGGUCCUGUUCACUUAUCACAUUGUAGGGAGAAGCUUCAAAGACAGGUUAGUCCCAGGAAUUUUGUACUCCUCUUCAUUGUUGAGAGAUAGUCAGAUGUGAGCUGGGGCUUAUUUGAAUAUGGUACCUCUCUGAUUUCCGUCUCGACUCUUUUUUGGGUGGUGGUGGUUGAGGACUUUGUUCAUACACGCCUGCCACAGUAUGUGACCACUGGAACCACAUGGGCAGGGCCAGUUUCCCAGUCAUUGAGAGAGGCCCAUAUGAUUGGCUUGUCCACGUGAUUCUGAUAUUCAGAAUGCUAAUCUACAUAUUAAUAGGGAUGUCUUUGGGCAGAUUCAGUGGUCAAAGAGGUACAGUGUCAAAAUGAACAUAGCAAAGCCUUGACCCAUACAACAUUUUGCCUUAAGGGGAUGGCUCUGAGUCGUGGGUGGAAUAUCCUGAGGCUCAUCCCUGGUUAAUAUCUCCCUGAACUGUGACAAGGGCACAGGCCCUAUGUUUAAUGAACAAAGUGUUUUAUAGAUGGAAUCCUAGAAAUGGGAACUAUAUUGCUCUAGUUCUUCUAGAAGAAUCUGUCUUGGUUCUUGUGUGUCUUAAACUGUUAAAGUGUUCAUUAGCUGAACUGCAAUAAAAAGUUGUCUUUUUUAGAAUACUUUUGGAAACAUGUUGAGGUUGGCUACCAGUAAAUAUCAUUGCAUGAUCAUAUUAAUUUGCAUAUACAUUUCAGGUCCCCUAAUCAUGAUCAGCAAGCCAAAAUCUUGAAGUUCUUUCCAUCUAUUGCGUGGUGAAUCCAUUAUUUGGUAAAUACUGUUUUAAGACAAGAUUGCUAUUUUCUUUUGUGCUUUAAGAGAAAAAAAUAUUGCACAUUGUUUUUAUUUUUACCUAUGCAGUUUAGGGAUUUAGUACUUGUGUUUGUAUGUAUAUAUAUAUACACUUUAUAUAUGCAUGUUUUGUUUUGUUAAUUUGUUUCCCUUAAUAUUGACACUUUUCCAGGUUUGUUGCUUACCAUGGCCAGUGUGAUCUGCUGUUGCUUAGCACAACUUUCUGCUUCUAUAUUGGUUGUGUGUGAUUUUCCUUUAAGUUGUGAACUUUAAGGAUGCCUUUAGUCAGUUUAGUUGUAUAAUUUGGAACAAAAAAUACAGUAUGCAGUUCACUGAGAAAUUCUGCUACACAGUCCCUUCUGAACUGAGCAGGAGCUGGGCCAAGAGCUCAGUAGUGCUCUUGUGCAGUUUCCAUUGAUUUCACUGGGGCUUGUACAGGGGAAUUUUUCCUGUAGACUGUGCCUACUAAUGAGAGUUGAGAACUUUUCCCCAAGAGGGGUAUUCCUACAAUAUCCCAUUUCUCUAUUUUCUAUAGCACAUGUUUUCAUACAAACAAUACUGGGCUUCUCUUGCAUUCUACUACUUUUGGGGUGUUGCUGCUGAGGAACAUCUUGCACAAGCCCCACUAAAAUGAAGAGGAGAUGCACAGGAGCACAAAUUGUCUUUGUUUAUCUCUUGUUCCUUUCAAAAGGGAUUAUACAGCAGGAAUUCUAGGGGAACUUGUUGGUGAUCAACUGAUGAGUAUCUUUUGAUGAUACUCGUUAAGUUCUAAGAUACCACUAAAUAAUUUAUUAAAUGGAAUAUUCAAUUUGAUAUAAGACAGAGUGUCAUGCUUUGGUCCCCUACUAUUUGCAUAGGAAAAACUCGAUGCAUAGUCCACCUAGGCAUUCUGCUCUAAUGCAGCCACCAUUCAUAUCAGUGAGGCCUGUGCAAGACAACUUCCAGGCGGAUUGUGAACAAUAAUCCUGUUCUAAAAUUCCAUGUAUCUGAAAAGUCCUGGUAAGCAACAAUCCUUGAAUUGGGGGAAGGGGGGAUGUAGAAAUUUCUAUGUUUUAUUCAAUCAAGUUUUAAUUAAAUUAAUUACCCUUCUAUAGCUGGCAUAAAGAGGAAUUGAAAUGAUUGGGUGUUGAAUUGUAAAUUUGCAGACAUUGGGAGAAAAGCUGCAAGACACAAGUUUAUUCACAAUAAGGCUGUCUUGCUUACACAGAUGGCAAGAAGCCUGCGGAUGGCUUGCAAAUGUUACAAAUGACUUUCCCAACACACCCAUUUUCUUUCAAACCAUUCUCUGUUAUUUUGUGGAUAUUUGUUUUUUUCUAGAAUUCUUCAGAAUAGCAGCUGUGGGGCUUGCACUCUUAUCUCAGAAGGCACAUUCUACUGGGAUGUUUUUCUGCCCAAGCCCCAUUUCUGUGCUCUUGUGCUGCUCUGGUCCAUUUCAGGGGGCUUGCACAGGAAGACUUCACAGUAGGUUGUGCCCCUAAAUAUUUUGUGCUAUCAAAAUAGUUUUAUCUGCUGCUGCGAAAAAGAUUAAAGCAAACUAUAUAAUAAAAUUUAAUUUUUUCUUUGGAGAUGGCUGAGUUUGCAUUUGCUUGAGUUGUAUUUAGUUUGCCCCCACCCUUUCUGCUGGAAUUUUCUAUGGCUGUGCUUCAACAUAACUUAACUGAAAAGAGGAGCCUGAUACGUCUGUGUAUGGGGGAGGUUUGUAAUAGGAGGCCAAAGAUCUGAGGGAGAAAGUUCCCUUUAGGGCAGAAUUUUUUUUGUAUAACAUUAGUUAUUUGUGUGUGACUUAGUUUAUGUUCAAUACUUACCUUGGCUGUGACAAUCAUUGUCAACUGAGAAUCAAGUUGCAACUAUAUUUAUGUCGAACCAUUAAACACUGCUGAGAUGUCUUCCUAACUAAUUAGCUGGAAUAGUAUUAGACACAAAUCUAUUGUUGGAUGUAAAAUAAUGUCAUGUUUUAUAAGAGGCUUGGACAGAGACUGGAAACUCCAGUGCUGUGUAGAAAGGCUUUAUGGAUCUCUUCCUAUAUUGAAAGAGAGAUUUCAGUUUCACAAGAACCUGCAUGGCCUUUAGCUACACUCUUUAAUGAUUUUUUUAAAAACCAAGUUGGUUGGAAAGAUGAAGGUAAAUAUGUGGCUUUAGUGCUAAUGAUGCUGGAUGACUUGACAUUAUAUGAAAACGCUGUUAUGUUUGUUGCUCAGAAUAAGUUACUAGGAAAUUAUCAGGACUAAAGAUUUCACACUUGGAAAGAUUGUAGAAGACAGUGCCUUCGUUGGGCAGUAUUCCUGAGCAUUAAGUAUUAAAAGAACAAAUCUUCCAGUGAUGCAAUUGUUGUGUUCUGAAAUAUAUUGGAUAUUGUGACUGACUUGUGAGAAAGUUCUGGAAUUCCCACGUUUUGUGUUUAGAAUAGAGGGAACUAAAUAUAUCAGUUGGACAGUUUUAAGAUAUAUCAGUAAAAGAUGGAACACCACUUCUGUCUUAAUGGUAGAUAUUAUUAAUGGAUAAGUAAAAUUAGGGUCACAAUGUAGAUGACUUGCUCUGUUUCUGCCUAAAGUAGAUAUUUCUUAAAUUGAACAUUGGGAUUUUCACAGGAAUUUUUGACACAUCUUUCUAGGUUCUUCCCUAUUAAAGGGCUUCUUUCAUCAGCAGUGCCUGUCAUAACAUCCUAGCAUGAUGCAAACUGUAGUAGCCUGCGUUGUUAGUACUGUGCUGGGUAAUGUGGCUAGUAGAACUUCUAGUGUUUGUGAAAACAAAGACUAAAAUGGAAUGCCACAAAUAACCCAAAGAGUGGAACUUGCAACACAUCUUAAUAUUGCUGCUAUUUGGGGGUUGACUGGGCUGGAACUUUAAAUCCUUUUUUACAGAACAAACUGACAGGUCAGUUAAUACUCAUAAUGCUGUUGAUUUCAAUAGGUUAUUUUUUGCUGAUAAAUUGUAAACACAGAUUCAGAUAGAUUUAUUGAAUUCUGGUUGUGUAGCUAACAAGAUGAAAUACAAUAACAUUUCCAGAUAGCUUAAGGAAUUGUUUCACACAUUUGCAUACAUGUAUAUAUGUCUUUCCCUCCCAUAAAAAGGAAAUCACACUAGCUAAUGAACUUUUUGUAAGCUGGCACUGAAACAUUUUAUGUUUGGUUGCACCGUGUUUAAAGCUUUUUACAGUGCAAUACUUGUAUUAUUCUCUCAGUUAAACCAAAGGUAAUUUUUUCAUGCUUUCUAUCUACUGUAGUGCAUGAAGAGCUUUUAUACAUUUGUAAUAGAUGUAAAAUCAGAGCAGAUCACAUGUCCUGGGUUUUUUAUUUACCUGAACUAUGUACAAGCCUUUUUCCAAAAUGUAAGGUUAAACUAAAUUGCAUAUUAACCCUUGAGUGUAUUUUCCUAAGCAUAGUUAUAAGUCAAUAAACUUUUAUUAAGGAAUUGA